CUUCUCGUUUUCACCUCGGACCAUACUCGGCCGUCUCACUCGCCACCAUCGACACCAGUGAGCAUCCUCGACGUCGACACUCGUACGCACGCAUCGGCUGCAUCCACUCGUUGCUACCUCGCUCCCUUCCCUGUCUCGCCUGACCCCGGCUGGGUGUCACCGGUCCGACCCACUAGGUCACCAAGAGCGCACAAGUGCAAAAGCCCUCGGCCAAGCCUCGCCCCCCCCCCAGACCCCCCCGUUCCCACCGCGCUACCUCCCCCACCUUUGCGCGAUACCAGUGCGCGUUCGUGGUCACAUCCGCCCCCCGACAAUGUCUGCCGCUAUCGAGCACGACGUCACUGCCGACGUCAAUCUCGACGGAGAUGUGAAACAACACGAACAACACCACGACGAUGGUACUGGAGACCAAGGGCUCCUCGAACACGAUGCAUCCAUCCACCAGCACCAUCACCAUCACCAGGACCCCGCCAUCACCGACGCCAUCAACGAAGUCUACCAGCACACCACCGAGGAACAUCAGCAGCAACUUCAGCACCAAGACGAGACCGGAGACCAAGAAGACUUAUACCAUCAUGAUCACCAGCAAUACCAGGACCAUCAGCAACAUGAUACCCACCACCAGCAGGAGCCCAUCGAACAUGAAGGCGCCGAGGGCAAGCUGGAACAGCAUGAGCACGAUGCAGAAGCUGCUCCCGCCGAGGCAACUGCCUUCGACUUCCUUCCCUUCUUUCCCAAUGGAGCUCAAGACAUGAACAGGUUCGCAGAAGCUUGGCAGCAAGGUCAACAACAGCUUCAGGCUCAAGCGGCAGCAGCAGCAGCCGCUGCCGCCGCUGCAACUCAGCAUCACGGACAGCAGCUGGAUCAGGAUGGCAAGCUCCAACAUGGUGAGCUCGGCACUGGAGAGCUCCAGGACGGGCAGAACGGCGAGCACAAUGGCCAGAUAGCAGAGGUCGGACAAGAUGGCAAGAUCGAGCAGGGAGUUGACGCUGGCGAUGCUGGCCUCUUGCUAGGCAUGGCUGCCGAGAGCAACAAUCAGGCAGCUGCUCAGCAGCAGCAAGUACAGAACGCUAUUGCAGCCUAUUCCGCCGCUUCGCCCAAUGGCGGCUAUGGCUCACAGGCUGCUUACGGUAGUGAUGGCACUCACAACUCUGCCAGGGAUGCUGCAGCAGCAGCAGCUGCCGCUGCCGCUGCAUCCUCCGGUGUGAACCCAGCCUACGCCAUUGCCGCCGCUCUCGCUGCCCAAUCGCAACGCAAUGGACAGACCUGGGACUAUGCUCAACUGUCCAGCUAUGCCAACGCCGCUGCUGCCGCGAAUCCUUACAGUAACCCCAACUACCAAGCCAACAUCGCAGCCUACAACCAGCAGCAGCAUCCCGAUGACCCUUCGGCUUCCGACCACACAAUCCCCAAAACUAAGGUUCGAGGUUCACGAGCACCGGGCACAGUGCCGAACACGAUCGGUGGUCACACCCACCGUCCUGGAUCGGGUCACGCCUUCUGCAGCGGUCCCGUGGUGGAAGGCACCAACAUCAAGCGAUUCGUCUUCCCUUGUCCGCCAAGUGUCUCUUCGGGUCGUCAGAAGCACGUCCAGUCUGCUCAGCAGAUGGCUGAUACGUACCCACUUGCAGAACACCCAUGCGACCGGUGUACCGGCUACGACAAUCCACUGCCGUGCUUCCACAUUCCUGGCAACAAGUGCGUGUACUGCAAAUUCCUAAGCAAACCUUGCUCACUUCAGCCAGGAGGUAGCAACAGCAAGGGCAUCCGUCGACCUGGAGAUAGUCAAGACGGCAAGCCAAAGAAGAAGCGCAAGACUGACAAGGAUGGAUAUGAAGAGGGCGAAGACCCCAACGAUACAAUGGGCGCUGAGGGUGUGGAUGAUCAGGGGGAAGCAGAUGCUUCUGCAUACCUUGAGCAGAACCCGGAAGGUUAUGAGAAUCAGCAGCAUCACCAGCUGGACGGAGUUCAACAGGAGCAGCAAGAACAUCAGCCACAGUUGGGAGACGAAGAGCAGGGUCACCAGUUGGCGCAGGACCUCGCGGCUGCGGCAGCAGCAGCUCAGCAGCAACAUGAAGAACAGCUGCAGGCGCAAGCUGCCCAGGCUAUACAGCAGGCUCAGGCCCAACAGGAAGAGGAGGAGCAGCAGCAGCAGCAGCAGCAGCAGCAGCAGCAGCAGCAGCUACAGGAACAGCAGCAAGAGGAACAGCCAGGCGAUGGGCAGCAAAUGGAAGAGCCACAGCAUGAAGAGCAGCAGUACGAAGAAGGGCAGCAGGAGCAUCAUCAGGAGCAGCAAGCAGAGGGGCAGGAGCAAGAACAGCAACAAGAGCUGCAGGACCAGGAGCCAGAGCAGGAGUUUGUAGCUCAGGAUCUGAUCAAUGAGCAGCCGGACCAGCCAGAACAGGUCGAGCAGGCAGAACAGGUCGAGCAGCCUGAGCAGCAAUUCUUGGCAGAGCCCUUGGAGCAGCAGGAGUAGAGCAAAGCAGCUGCGGAAGUCGUAGUACAGUGGUGUUCAUGAGACCGAUCAAAGUUUAGCGUUCGCAGUACCUUUCCCCCCCAUCCACCAUCAUCUGCCCUCCCUUUAGAU